AUGGAGCCAUCAGAGACGCAGCGCUCUCGGGAUCUGGCUGGGAAAAGAGAAGAGCGGAGCGCUCCGCUGAUCUUCACCUUUGCCCUGAGCAACAAGAAGAAAACCAUCUCCAAGACACUUCGAGUUUUCGAGAUGUUUGAGGCCAAAAUACAUCAUUUUGAAAGCAGAACAGCUAGAAUGUCGAAGAACAGUGAUGGCAACCUUGAAUUUUUUGUAAGAUGUGAAGUUCAGGACUGUGAGGUUAGCAGUCUUUUAAAUUCCUUGAAGAGAGUGGCAGAGGAUGUGGAAGCUACCAGAGAAGAAAAAGUUCGAUGGUUCCCAAAGAAAAUAAGAGAUCUCGACCACUGCAAUCACCUGAUCACCAAGUUUGACCCUGAUUUGAAUUUUGACCACCCGGGUUAUGCUGAUCCAGAAUAUAGGAAAAGAAGGGCUUUUAUUGCUGACCUGGCAUUUAACCAUAGACAGGGUGACCCUUUGCCAAGAGUUGAGUAUACGGCUGAAGAGACUGCUACUUGGAAAGAAAUUUACCAGAAGCUGAAUGACCUUUACCCCACCCAUGCCUGUAAGCAAUACCUGGAAGCCUUUCAUCAACUAGAAAAAUACUGUGGCUACCAAGCGGACUGUAUCCCACAACUCCAGGAUGUCUCUGUUUUUCUAAAAGAACGAACGGGCUUUAGCUUGAGACCAGCUGCAGGGCUACUAUCUCCUCGGGAUUUCCUUGCUGCCCUGGCAUUUCGUGUCUUUCAGAGUACUCAGUACAUAAGGCACUGGUCGUCCCCCACGCAUUCCCCAGAACCGGAUUGUUGCCACGAACUGCUGGGCCAUGUUCCCAUGUUAGCUGAUAAGGACUUUGCUCAGUUUUCACAGGAUAUUGGGCUGGCUUCUCUUGGAGCAUCUGAUGAGGAUAUUGAAAAGUUAUCAACAUUCUAUUGGUUUACAGUUGAGUUUGGCCUCUGCAAACAAAAUGAAUCUAUCAAAGCCUAUGGAGCAGGCCUCCUCUCUUCCUAUGGAGAACUGAUAUAUGCUUUAUCAGAAAAGCCAGAAUAUAAACCCUUUGAUCCAGAUGUGAUGGUGGUCCAACCUUAUCAUGACCAGACCUUCCAGCCCAUUUACUUUGUAGCAGAUUGUUUUGAAGAUGCAAAGUCUCAACUACAGAAAUAUGCUCUUACGAUCAAGAAGACUUUCCCUCUUCGGUACAAUCCCAUUACCUGCAGCAUGGAAGUUCUCGAUUCACCACAGAAAGUAUCGGAAAUUGCCACUCACUUGAAAGAAGAACUGACCACUCUCUGCCAUGUUUUGGAAAAGCUUUUGUAAACUAAUGGUCCUAAUUUAUAGUAGGUGGAAGACAAUCAUUAGACUAGUGAGGAUUUUUCCUUUUUAAGUAAGUCGUCUGCAAUACUGGAGAAAAAAAAAAUGAGUAGGCAAUCAGUCCAUUUAAAUGUAGAAAAAUCAAUGAAAGGUUUUGCCAGAACAAGAAGACUUGUGAAUUGCAAAUCAGACAUUUGUG